UUUAUCGACUGUGAGCAGAGACGGAAGAGCAAACACUUGGAUUAUCUAAAGCCCCCCGUGACCCUUGUGUGUGGUUCCGAGGUCAGUUAUCGCGCAUCAGUCGAAGCCAUGAGUUCAUCGCGGCGUCUUUCCGCCGCUCUGCUGCCUCUGCUGAUUACCCUAGUGGCCGCAAAUCAGCAAAUCGCCUGCAGAGACGAGACCGGUGCACCGGUAGACUGGUUCGUUCUCUACAAACUGCCCCGCCUGCGAACAAGCCCUCUGCCCCAUGUGCAAGUUGGACUGGGCUACGUCUUCAUCACGUCUACCCAGAGCAAUCCAGGAUGGACCCUGGGCUCGUACAGCAUCAACGACACUCGCUCACCAACAGGACAAACCCUGAGCCCCUUGUACGGCCCUGGCAGACGCGACCUGCUCUCUGUCCAGUACAACGAUCAGCCGCCGGACCUGCCGGUUUCGUUCACGCACGGCCACACCAAAGGAGUGGUCCUUUCAGAUGGGUCGCAGGGUCUGUGGCUGGUGCACAGUGUUCCUCACUUUCCACCCAAUCCGGAAAACUCGGGCUACGCCUACCCUGCCACCGGGGAGCAUUAUGGACAAAGCAUGCUCUGUAUCACCCUGCCAACUGGCGAAAUGGAUAAAGUCGGUGGGCAACUGACGUACAACCACCCUUUCGUCUACGCGAGCGGCCUGCCGGAAAAAGUAGCAUCGGCGAUGCCCGAGUUGGCGAAGGCGGCCCGCGGGUCUUACAUCAAAAGUGCCCCGUACUCGCACAAAGUUGAUGUCAAGUCGGUGCGCGGCCAGAAGUUCAGCAGUUUCGCCAAAGCGUCUGCAUUUGGCAUGGAUCUGUACGCCGACUGGGUGUCGUCCGAACUGCAAACGAGUUUGAUGGUUGAGUCGUGGCCAAACGGACCCGGCAGGCUUCCACCCGCCUGCAACCGGAGCUACAAAGUGGUCGACGUCUUGGCACUCAACAUCCUUGUCAACAACGCGAGCGUCGCCGAGUUCAAAAAUCAAGAGGACCAUUCCAAGUGGGCCGUCGGCAGCACGUCCUGGGCCUGCAUCGGAGACAUCAACCGAAUGGCGAGCCAGGAGCAGCGUGCCGGCGGCACCGUCUGCGUGAAUUUGACGAAAGUGUGGAGCGUUUUCCAACAGUCGGUGGUGAGCGCUGAGAAAUGCGCUGCCGACAUGUAGAUCUUAUCAAGGCACGCCAGAAAAUUGUGUUCUUCGCACUGCCAACAACGAAAUUGAGCGCGAAAUUGCGAGAGGAUAGCAGCUUUGUGAGGCAAGAAGUGUCGGGAAGGAUGAAAGAAUAACAUUUCGCCACUUCUGCCCAUGAUCCGUCUUCGUUGGGUUAAAAAAGAAAUUGUUGAAUAUUAAAAUGGAUGGAGGUUAACCCUAA